AUGCCUCCAUACACAGACUGCGGUGGCUGGAGGAUGUUCCUUCCAAUAGGAUGCCUGCUCUUAUCUGCCCUGCUUCUCCAGUCAGCCCUGGCCAAGGUGUGCAACGACCGCACCAAACACGGGCAGGACAACAACUGGUUCGCCAAGGACGGAGAGAACUUACCCAUAAUGGUUCUUAUGCCAAUGAACGAGUCUGCUCUGAUGAGCAGUAUCAGCCAGGGGAUUGUGCCUGCAGUCCAGCUGGCCAUCAAGCACAUCCGGGAGUCCAGGAAGUACACCUUCUCCCUCAUCACAGAAAUCUAUGACACCGAGGUAAACACGACUAAAGCUUUUCACUAA